AUGAGGCUACGCGAUCGUCGCAACUCCAAGCGGAAGUUGCCUCGAGCUCGCCCUCAAUCUGCUCGCACCUCAGACUCACCAUGGCAACCAGUUCGCUUCCUUGACUUGAUCAAGCCCUUCACGCCCCUCCUCCCGGAGGUGGCUGCGCCUGAGACCAAGGUGCCGUUCAACCAGAAGUUGAUGUGGACGGGCUUGACUCUCUUGAUUUUCCUGGUCAUGAGCCAGAUGCCCCUUUACGGUAUCGUCUCCUCCGAUACCUCCGACCCCCUAUACUGGCUGCGUAUGAUGCUGGCCAGUAACCGUGGUACUCUAAUGGAGCUGGGUAUCACACCGAUCAUCUCCUCCGGUAUGGUCUUCCAGCUCCUUGCCGGGACCCACCUCAUCGAUGUCAACCUGGACCUUAAGACCGACCGCGAGCUCUAUCAGACCGCUCAGAAGCUGUUUGCCAUCAUCCUGUCCUUCGGCCAGGCCUGUGUGUACGUCCUGACAGGUCUGUAUGGUCAGCCCAGCGACCUUGGAGCGGGUAUCUGUGUCCUCCUGAUUGUCCAGCUGGUUGUUGCCGGUCUUGUUGUCAUUCUGCUGGAUGAGCUUCUGCAGAAGGGGUACGGUCUGGGCAGCGGUAUUUCGCUAUUUAUCGCUACCAACAUUUGCGAGUCCAUAGUCUGGAAGGCUUUUUCCCCGACCACCAUCAACACCGGUCGCGGCCCCGAGUUCGAGGGUGCUAUUAUCGCCCUGUUCCACCUUCUUUUGACCUGGCCCGAUAAGCAGCGCGCCCUGUACGAGGCCUUCUACCGCCAGAACCUGCCCAACGUUAUGAACCUCCUGGCCACCCUCGUCGUCUUCGCCGCCGUCAUCUACCUGCAGGGCUUCCGUGUUGAGAUCCCCGUCAAGUCUGCCCGCCAGCGUGGCAUGCGCGGUUCCUACCCCGUUCGCCUGUUCUACACCUCGAACAUGCCCAUCAUGCUCCAGUCCGCUCUGUCCUCCAACAUCUUCCUGAUCUCCCAGAUGCUGUACUCCCGCUUUUCCGACAACCUCCUUGUCAAGCUUCUCGGAGUCUGGGAGCCUCGUGAGGGCUCUGCUCAGCUGUUCGCCUCCUCCGGUAUCGCCUACUACAUGUCUCCCCCUCUGAACUUCAAGGAGGCUCUCCUCGACCCUAUCCACACCGCUGUCUACAUUGCAUUCAUGCUGGUUGCUUGUGCCCUCUUUUCCAAGACCUGGAUUGAGGUCUCCGGCUCCGCUCCCCGUGAUGUCGCCAAGCAGCUCAAGGACCAGGGUCUCGUCAUGUCCGGCCACCGUGAGCAAAGCAUGUACAAGGAGCUCAAGCGCGUUAUUCCCACCGCCGCCGCUUUCGGUGGUGCCUGCAUUGGUGCUCUGUCCGUUGCCUCUGACCUUCUCGGUGCCCUGGGCAGUGGUACUGGUAUCCUGCUUGCCGUGACUAUCAUCUACGGCUACUUUGAGAUUGCCGCCCGCGAGGGUGACAUCGGUGCCGGCCUGAAGGGCCUGGUCCCCGGCAGCUAA